AUGUGGCGACAGCUCGUCGAUGGUGAUGGAGCGCGGUCUGCACCCCGCCCUUCGCGCGCCGGGGCGAAAGGGGAGGAUGCCGGCAUCCCGGCAGAGCCCCCUUCCGACGCGCUGCCGCGUCCGGACGGAAGCCGCGUCCAGCUCCAUGGGGAGUCAACGCUAGUCCGGUGGACUUGUCGGGGCAACGGUUCAUGGAGAAAGCCAGAGCUUUUCCCCCUGGACCAGGACCAGCUGAAAGCGUUCGAAGAGCAGGUGAGGCGGCAUGAGGAAGAGAUGGAGAAGGAGCGUCUUCGGAAGGAGGAGGAAGAGCGAGAAGCCCAAGAGGCUGCACGAAGGAAGAGGGCAGAAAAGCUGGCAGCUGCGCCAGCGGCGGUGGCUGCACAAAAGGCUGCGGCUGCUGCUGCGGCAGCGGGCAAUGCUGCGGAAACCAUAGAGCCAUCGCGACUAGCAGAACUUUUGGCUCUGAGGGAGCCGCCGGAAGACUCCACUCCACAACAAGAUGGGUCCUUCCAACUGGCUUUGGAGGAUGGUGCGACCAUCCGAUGGACCAAGAGGCCUGACGGAACCUGGCGGAAGCCAGAGCAUCGACGGGCUGGCUGGGUCGGGGACUUGGAGCAAGAGAAAUACGUGCCUCCCACGGUACGCUUACUGGAAGACGCCGGGGUCAACAGCACCACCCGUGCCUGGCUUCGGGAUCCGGACUACGAUCGGGACCUACCACUCCGGCCUGGUCCUGUGGUGACAGACGGAUAUCCUGCGAAGGCCAAGGCGCAGCCCCCCUUCAAGAUGUCGGCGGAGGUCUGGCCGGCGGUGAAUGAGGUGUUUCCAGUGGAAACACCUGGUUGGAGUUGA